CUACUUACCACCCGCCACUUCGAUCACACAAAGGCCGUCUUUGCAGAAGUUAACACCAAGAGCAGCUACACACUGGCAAGCAGAUCAACGUCCCCCUGCACAAAAGUUCAAGGAUGUUUCGGAAAAUCUUACCAGCGAAGAGAGCUGCUUACCUUGAAUCAGGACAAGGAAGUGACGAGAUGACAACUUCUCGUGCACACGUCAUUUUCGCCAUUCUCCUCGCCGCUCUAGCGGUUGUCACUGGAUAUCUGCAGUACUUUGCUAAACCGGCUCAGUGUUGGUCACCUCCAGAAUUUACACAAUCUAUGGUGGAUUACUCAAAUUCGGUAUGCUAUUUUUCAAAUCAGUACUAUGUCCCGAUAGAUGACUUGCCUAUCCCAGAGCCCAUUCCUACGGCGCCACACACCAACUAUUACAAAUGGACACCGUUUGGACUUCUCUUUCUGUCUGUCCUCUAUGUCAUUCCGGAAUUGGUUAAGAACAUGGCUUCUAAGGUGUUCCAACUAAAUCUUGGCAAUAUUCUCGAGCUUUCUCACCAAAGUGUCACGGGAUCUGACGAGAUAAGACUUGCAGCCAUCAAGCAGCUUACAGCUGACCUUCAGUACAGAUUGGACGGAAACAAAUGGAAGUCAAAGAAGACAGGCUUUCUGCGAUGUAUUGCGAAAAUAUCACCGUCACUCACUCACUACAUCUGGCUUGAGCAGUUUGCCGGAAAACUUUGCGUCCUCAUCGGGUCUAUUGUGCCAAUCUACUUCCUAUACAAAUACCUGGGUCUAGAUGUCAACUUUUAUGACCAAGUCGUGAACAACAAGAUGCCUAGUAACGAAACCUAUUUUCCAGACCAAAUACUCUGCGAUCUUGCGAUUCGUCGGUUUGGAAAUAUCGUCCGGUUCACACUACAGUGUCAUGUGCCGGCCAAUGACAUGUUCAAGAGAAUCAGUCUUCUUGUUGGUUUCUUGGCUCUUGUUGUGUCGUCUGUCAGCAGCAGUGACGUCAUCUGUUCUCUUGUCGCUCGUCUCUUUGAGCCGAGAAUCUGUACAUACAUCAAGAGACAUAUGAGCUUACUUACUGAGCAGGAUACUAACCACGAAAACGAGGAGUGCCAAAACUUCACACAGCGUCACCUGGGGGCAGACGGUAAAUACCUGCUCUGGCUGAUCGGCCAGAGCUCCUCCGAGACCGUCGUCUGUCAAAUUCUCUCCAGACUCUGGGCAACGUACAAAAUCAAACGGAAUGAGGAGAAACCGCCGCCAUAUUUUGCGGACAAGACACCUCUGUGUGGUAACCUAAACGCUGCAUUUACUGACUGGUAAAAUAUCAAAGUAGAUUGGCGGUACAUGAAUUUUUUGCUCGUUAUGUUGUAAAAAUACGCUAACAAUACCAUUUAAACUCCAACAAUUGGCUCAUAAGACACUAUAUAGGCCUAUUACCCUCUUAUACUUUUAAUGACAGAAUCAUCGAGCACAUCUUGGUGCUAUUACUGCUCAUAGUUCUCAACAGACUCAGUUGACUGCCAGAUUGUCAGUACCGUUUAGGGAGAAUAACUAUGGAGUCAUCCUUUAGAGAUAUUUGCAAGCAGUCAUUACAUGGCAUUCUAAGUAUUAUUUGUCAUCGUCAUUACAUUUUAUAGACUUC